CGGCCCGUGCAAAGUGAAGUCGCUUAAAAAAAAAGAAAAAAAAAAAAGAAAAAAGAAAAAAAAGGAUCUUUGCAGAGUGACGGAGAGAAGGCGUGCUGAUGAUAUAGCAAAGCACAACCGCUCCUCGAAACUGGAUGUUUCAUACACCAAGUUUGAUUUCGCGCGAUGUAUAUCGCUGUAAGUUGUGGACGGCAGAGCUCGCGGUGUAGCGCUCGCGCCGUGGGAUAACAUAAAGGGAUCACACCAUCAGCCAUUUACGAUGGACCGCAUGAGUGAGGAAGCCCUGCGACUGAACCUACUGAAGCGUGGUCUGGAGGUGGUGGAUGAGCGUGGCCGCCCUCAGGACGAUAUCCUGCCCAAGCGCCUCAAAGUGGAGGGCCAUGAAGCCAUGGAGCGGCUCAAGAUGCUGGCCCUGCUGAAGCGCAAGGACCUGGGCAGUCUGGAGGGCAGCUCUGGGGCCCUGGGCGACCUUCGGGGCGACCUUCGGGGUGACCUUCGGGGCGACCUGAGAGGCGACCUGAGAGGCGACUUGCGGGGCAUGGCCGGCGGUAGCCACACCCCACUGGCGUACGCCACAUACGAGGAGAAGCUGAAUGGCAGCGUGAGGGCGCCGCCCACUGCCCACUCCCUGGUGACCCGUGGCGGGAAGGAGAACAUCAGCGACGAGCCCGUGGACAUGAGUGCUAAGAGGAGUGUCGUGGAUCGAGAUCGCCACACCCCGUCUCCAGACGUGAUCGUCCUGUCCGACAAUGAGGCGUCCAGCCCUAAAGGAGCGGGCAGAGAGGAGCGGGCCAAACCCGUCAACCUGGACAUGUUCAAGGGGAAGAGUGUAGCGGAGCGACAGCGGGUGAUCAAGGCCCUGAGGGAGGAGCUGAGGCUGGAGGAGGCCCGUCUUGUGCUCCUGAAGAAACUCAGACAGUCUCAGCUACAGAAGGAGAACCUCGCCCACAAGGUGUCCGUGGUGCAGAGCAGUACUUCCUCCGUGCAGCCCUCCAGCCACGCCUCCCAAGCCAGCGCCAAGCUGCCAGUCAGAGCCGGUCACACUCACCACAGUGGUGACUCGCAAAGCCUCCGUGCUGCCCAGGGUCAGAGUGUGAUCCGCUCCGCGGCCAGCACCUCUGUGCCCCAGAUGAUGAUGUCGCACCGCGUGGUUGCCCCCGAGCCCGGGCAGCUGCAGGGCCAAAGGGUGGCGGCCAAAGCAAGCAGCAUGCGCACGCCCACGGCCAGCAUCGGCAGCUCUGUCGCCUACCAGCAGGCAUCCAGUCAGCAGGUGUCGGUGUCACAGCGGUCCAGUUCCUCUUCUAUGUACAUGAACUUAGCGCACAUGCAGGCAGUAGGCGUGGCCGGAAUGGCUGGCGGGGUAGGUGUGGCUGGGGUGACGGGCGGGGUGGGCGUGGCCGGGGUGGGCUCCUCCCCGCUGGCCAGCGCUAGCUCCAGCUCUGUGGCGGAUGUGGCCAGCAGUCAGGCUGCAGCCAAGCUGGCGCUACGCAAGCAGCUGGAGAAAACGCUGCUGGAGAUCCCGCUGCCCAAGCCGCCCGCGCCCCUGCUCCACUUCCUGCCCUCCGCUGCCAACUCCGAGUUCAUCUACCUGCUUGGCUUGGAGGAGGUGGUGCAGAGCGUCCUCGACAGCCAGGGUAAGCUGCGUGGGCCAUUUGGUGGUAUGGAACCCUUUGCUUGUGCUCAGUGCAAGACUGACUUCACUCCGCACUGGAAGCAGGAGAAGGGUGGGCGCAUCCUCUGUGAGACAUGCAUGACGUCCAAUCAGAAGAAGGCCCUAAAAGCCGAGCACACCAACAGGCUGAAGAACGCCUUUGUGAAAGCUCUGCAGCAAGAGCAGGAAAUUGAGCAGAGGUUGCAGCAGCAGGCUGCCUUAUCCACCAGCCCCACGGUGUCUGCAGCCAGUGUGAACAAAGCCGAGUCCAUGAUCAGACACCACACCAUCAGACAGGCCUCUCAGACGCAGGCUGCUCCAUCCCAAGUGUCCGCGCAGCGUACUGCGCCCCCUGCUGGCUCUGGGUCGGCGCACGGCGUGCUCUCCAGCUUUGCCCAGGCCUCCCAGCUCACCCUGCCUGGCGGCAUUAUGGGAAUGAGCGGCAAACACUCGGCCUCCAGCGCCCGGGCGCAGCACGACAGCCGACACCAGCUCUACAGCAUCCCCGGAGUGAACAUUGCCUACUUGAGCCCUGGUGCUGUUGGAGGUCAUAAGUCGUCCAGCUUAGCAGACAGGCAGCGAGAGUACCUGCUGGACAUGAUCCCACCCCGCUCCAUAUCCCAGUCCAUUACUGGGCAAAAAUAAACCUCCGCCCUCACACCUGCACACACACGCACACACCCGAGUUAACAGAAACUCAUUCACACAUACUCUAUCUCUCACUCACUCACAUACACACGCGCGUGCACACACACACACACACACACACACACACACACACAGCCACUCUUCUCAAUACAAAUUUACACAUGCUUUCUCUCUCUUUCUCCCUAACUCACUUAGUGAAGUGCACGCACUUACACGCGCGUGCACGCACUUACACACGCGCGUGCACACACACACACACACACACACACACACACAGCCACUCUUCUCAAUACAAAUUUACACAUGCUUUCUCUCUCUUUCUCCCUAACUCACUUAGUGAAGUGCACGCACUUACACGCGCGUGCACGCACUUACACACGCGCGUGCACACACACACACACACACACACACACACAGCCACUCUUCUCAAUACAAAUUUACACAUGCUUUCUCUCUCUUUCUCCCUAACUCACUUAGUGAAGUGCACGCACUUACACACGCGCGUGCACGCGCACACACGCCAUCCCUAUUUCCUGUUGCAUGCAGUGCCUGUCUGUCUGCUUACAAGCUAAUCUUUCUGUGUAACACAAUCAGUGACUGUAAGUGGUGAACUCCAGUCACUCUCUGCAAGUAUGCAAACCCCCUCCACACAGCUUCACUCCAUGCUCUCCCGUCACUCCACACCGCUAUCACUCUGAACGGGGGGGUGUGGAUACGCUUUUCCUUAUGAUGUCUUUUUAAUUUCAGCAUUGAUAUUUUGGAGGUGGGUGUGGAUGUGGCUGUGUGUCUGACCGGGUGCAAAAUGUGUGGUACCAGUGUGUACAGUGAGAGAAAAACUCCAGGUAAAUGCAUUGAAACUUUUGUAAAUCUGCAUCGAAUGAAUUUAAAUGUACAACAUAAUUUUUCUUUCCCUGAAAGCAACUAUCAUUGCUUUAAAAGAAGAUGGGAUUUAAAUGAAUAUGCUUUUUAUUCUAAUAUCACUAUGUGGAGAGCUUUGGUUUCCAUGGAUACUUUUAGCUGAAACUGCAAUACCUGAUCACCGUAUCCUAAAGGUGGCUUUCCUAAGUGUUCUGGUCUGUGAAGACUCCGUGGAAACGCCAUCACUGUCAGGGCACUUCUUGUUUCCAGGGUUCUGUUUCAGCUUGGCCUGGUACGCGAGUCUUCUGAGUUGCCAGUUAUUGAUUUGUGAUGUAUUAUACACUCAGACUGCUGCCAGGCCACAUUGACCAUCUCACCCUCCUCCCUCCUAACACAUGCACGCACUUUACGCAAGCUCACGUGGACGUAUAUCGUUUAUUUUAUGGUGAUCUCCAAAUGCGUCAGUCCAGAUCAUUUUCAGAUGGAAAUACUUAGAAUGAAGUUGAUGGAAGUCCAUCUUCGACUUUACAGAAUCUGUAAGUCAGGCUGUUACUUUUGAUGGUAAGUAUUUUGAAUCAUAAAGGUGCGGAUUGCCGGAUUUUCUUCUUUUCAUCACGUAGUCUAAUGAACAGAGGAAUGUCCUACGUACUGCCCCUUUAAGAAAACAGUGCAAUAUUGUGAGGCACAGGGAUGAAGUAAUUUUUUAUUUAUUUGACUGAAAUGUAAUCCGUUCUUUUGGCCCUGUACCAUAAUGGGAGAAUGCCUCUUUCUGUGUUCUCUCUUAAACAGAUAUCUUGGCUUAAUCUUCUUUUGUGAAGAAUGUACAGUAUACAGUGGUAUGUUCCCAAAAGCCUUGCCUUUUUUAUUUCAUUAUACAACAUGACCCAAGGUGCAUUUGUUGACUGAAAGAAAAAAAAAAAAAACUUCAUAUCUGUAAAGCUGAUUUUUAAAAAGCAUUUCUUAUGAAAUACAUGUAAAAACUUUCUGCUAGAAGUUUGUCAUUUUGUGAGUAAUGCCCUCCUGUAUCUUACUUUACUUGGAAACUUGUCAAGGUUUUAUGAAUAUUAAACUUAUAACAAGUAUUAAAAAUACUUAUUUGCAUGGACAGACAUAUUGUUAAUAAUGUAUUGUAAAUAUGCCUCUUUAGCCUUCAGGGCACAAAACGUGAAAUCAACACAUUUGUACAUUGUAUAAAAAAAACAUUCAAAAAACAAAAGCCAUUGAUAUUGUGAGUGUCAUUUUGUCAUGUGAUCCCUGUGUAGUACUACACAAAAUGUAUGAGGUUAUCGUUUUCUUUUGAUUCAUUCUCAAAUAUACUUUCAUCUCCACUGUAUUGGUUGUACUAUGUGCUGUGUGCUUCAUCCACCUGGGUCCCUUUGUUAUUAAACUAUUGGAAGAUUUACAUGUCCACAAUAUUUCACUUAACUGUCUGUGUUGAAGUUGAUGCUUUUAAGUUAUUACACCACCGUUUGUACAUUUAAUUUGUUGUACAUUGGUUAAAAAAAAAAAUUGGGGGAGGGGGGGAUCUCUCGGAACAGCUCGAAUAUUCUGCUGUCUUUGGCAAGCAAAGAUGCUCUUGGUACUUUCAUGUUUGUCCUGGAAAAUGACGGCCUGUGCUCCACCCAGGCUGAGAACUUCUACUCUUCAAGUCCUUUUGUAUCAUUUGUUGUCGCAAAAGCAACGUGCCAUGUUUUCUGUGGAUGGAUGAGCUGAAUGGGAGAAGUGAGCAGAGGCAUGAAUACAGACUUGUUUUCUUGCGGGACAAAUGUUGCGCCAUAUAAUUUCAGUAAAUAAACUUACAAUAAAGAAUAAAGGAAGUACAUCAGC